AUGGACGCAAUUCAAGCCGGCCAGGUGAGGAACGCCGACGUCCUUUCAGCUCAACUGGCGGAUGUUGACGACGAUUGGUGGUUUCUAGCCAUUAACCACGCCGAGUACCUGCUGGCCGACCAAGUCGAGACUGGCGUCACUCUGCAGGAGCUGCAUGGAGGUCGGCUCGGUUCCUUCGAACAAGAGUACUAUAUUAUGAUCAACGAUGUGCCAGGUACCGACGAGGCAGAUCUACAGCGCCAACGCGAGUUCGUUCUUCUCUCACGUUCCGAGCUCAAGGAGUGGCUGGCUCUGUAG